GCCCCCCUGCUCCGCCCGCUCUAUCUCACCGGGAGGAGUUGAUGCCGCCGUAGCCGCUGCCGCCGCCGAAGCCGGGGCUGAUGGAUGCCAGGGAGUGCCGCAUUGCUUAGCGUCCCCGCCUCCGGGUGUGCUGACGCUCUCUCCCCGCCCUGGAGCUCAGCGCUGAAGAGCCACCUUAUUAUUAAUCAGAAUUCCCACCGUUAUCCCUGGCAGGCGCAUCCUUCAGUAGAGACCGCAGAAGCAUCGCAGAGCUGGGGCUGAGAUGCGCGUGGGGGUUGUUUUUGUUACAUCUUGGAAGAGGAGAGGACAGUACCAAGAGUAGCACCAGCCGCGCUGGCUGCUAUUAGGGGUGUUUUGUUCAGAGAGAGAAAGGACAGGAAGAGGGGUGGCGGGCCACCAGAGGUCCACAUCUCUUUAAACGAAAGGGAAGAGGGAAUCAAAGUGGGGUGUUGUUUUUAGGGGGUGGGGAAAUAAGUUUAUAUCCUCCACAGAAAAGCUGCGGGAAAGGAGGAGCAACAGGGGACUGACUGAACACCAGAGACAAUUUCCUGUGAAGAAGAGGAAGCAGGCAGCAUCUAGGUGUGGAGGCCGGAGUGUGGUGGUGGUGGCAAGGGCCAGGUGUGUUGUGGGACAGUCAGCAAGGGGACGGGAAGGCUCAGGAACCAGCAGAACAAUGACUCAUUUACAAGCUGGUCUCUCUCCUGAGACCCUAGAGAAAGCUCGCCUGGAGCUCAACGAGAACCCAGAUACACUGCAUCAGGACAUCCAGGAGGUGAGGGAUAUGGUCAUCACUAGGCCGGACAUUGGCUUCCUGCGCACGGAUGAUGCCUUCAUUUUACGCUUCUUGCGGGCCAGGAAGUUUCACCACUUUGAGGCCUUCCGCCUUCUGGCCCAAUACUUUGAGUACAGGCAGCAGAACCUGGAUAUGUUCAAAAGCUUCAAGGCCACUGACCCAGGCAUCAAGCAGGCGCUGAAGGAUGGCUUCCCUGGGGGCCUGGCCAAUCUGGACCAUUACGGCAGGAAGAUUCUAGUACUUUUUGCUGCCAACUGGGAUCAGAGCAGGUACACACUGGUGGAUAUUUUGCGUGCCAUCUUACUUUCUUUAGAAGCCAUGAUUGAAGAUCCUGAGCUUCAGGUAAAUGGAUUUGUUUUGAUCAUAGACUGGAGUAACUUCACCUUCAAGCAAGCCUCUAAACUUACGCCAAGCAUGCUGCGAUUGGCUAUUGAAGGCCUUCAGGAUAGUUUCCCAGCACGAUUUGGAGGAAUUCAUUUUGUCAAUCAACCAUGGUAUAUCCAUGCCCUGUAUACAGUGAUCCGGCCUUUCCUAAAGGAGAAGACUCGGAAAAGGAUAUUUCUGCAUGGUAACAACCUAAACAGCCUCCACCAACUCAUUCACCCCGAGAUCCUGCCCUCUGAGUUUGGAGGAAUGCUGCCCCCUUAUGACAUGGGGACGUGGGCGAGAACGUUGCUGGACCACGAGUAUGAUGACGACAGUGAAUACAGUGUGGACUCCUACAGCAUGCCUGUGAAGGAGGCGGAGAAGGAGCUCUCCCCCAAGUCCAUGAAGAGAUCCCAGUCAGUAGUGGAUCCUACGGUACUAAAACGCAUGGAUCAAAAUGAGGAAGAAAACAUGCAACCUCUGCUCUCUCUGGACUGAUAGCUUCUCUACACCCUCCAUGGAUUUGAAAUGAAAGGUACCUGUUUUCAACAACAGGGCCAGCACUGUGGAGGAAUUACCAGCUGGAAACUUAUGUGUUCAUGUUAAUGUAGCAUAAUAUACAUGGCAACAGGCUUUCCCAUUUGCCUGAACCAUGGGUGCCCUGGUCUGAAUUUAAAAUAAAAGUCAAUAAUUUAUUCUGUAA